GCUGCCACGAUGGGAGGAGAUAUGUGGCUAGUGCCAGUCGGGCAGAAACUGCUCUACUGGGGCGCCACGGGCGCGAUCACCUUGCUGGGUACCGUCCUCACGCUGAUCCUGCUGCAGAUGCUGGCCACUUACGUCCGAAAAUGGCAGCAGAUGAAAUCCAUCCCCACGGUUGCCACCGCAUACCCGCUGGUGGGACACUCCCUGUUGAUGAAAUCUAAUAGCAAAGAAUUUUUUGAGCAGCUCAUUCACUAUUCUGAAGAAUUCAGACAGCAACCACUGCUUAAAUUGUGGAUAGGACCAGUGCCGAUGGUGGCAUUGUAUCAUGCUGAUAAUGUGGAGGUACUUUUAUCAAGUUCAAGGCAAAUAGACAAAUCCUACUUGUACAAGUUCCUGGAACCCUGGCUUGGCCUAGGACUCCUUACAAGUACUGGAAACAAGUGGCGUUCAAGGAGGAAAAUGCUCACCCCAACCUUUCAUUUCACAAUUCUGGAAGAAUUCCUAGAAGUCAUGAAUGAACAGGCAAAUGUAUUAGUCAAUAAGCUUGAAAAACAUGUUGAUCAAGAAGCCUUUAACUGUUUUUUGGAUGUCACGCUUUGUGCUUUAGACAUAAUCUGUGAAACUGCUAUGGGUAAAAAUAUUGGUGCCCAGGCCAAUGGUGAUUCUGAGUAUGUCCGCUCAGUUUUUAGGAUGACUGAUAUAAUAACUCGCAGAAUGAAGAUGCCUUGGCUUUGGCUUGACCUGUGGUUUCUUAUGUUUAAAGAAGGUUGGGAACAUAAGAGGAGGCUAAAGAUCCUACAUGAUUUCACAGACAAAGUUAUUAAGGAACGAGCCAAAAAAAUGAAAGAAAAUGAGAAACAGAAGGAAAAUGACUUAGAACCAAAAACCAUCAAGCGGCGGGCUUUUCUGGACUUGCUUUUAAAUACAACUGAUGAAGAUGGGAAUACAUUAAGUCAUCAGGACAUUCGAGAAGAAGUUGAUACUUUUAUGUUCGAAGGUCACGAUACCACAGCAACAGCUAUGAACUGGGUCCUCUACUUGCUGGGUUCCUAUCCAGAAGCCCAGCGCAAAGUAGACAGUGAGCUGGAUGAAGUCUUUGGGAAAUCAGACCGCUCUGUUACAGUGGAUGACCUGAAAAAACUCAAGUAUCUGGAAUGUGUCAUUAAAGAGAGCCUUCGUCUCUUUCCUCCUGUUCCUUUUUUUGCCCGUACUCUCAAUUCAGAUUGCUUUAUUGCUGGUUACAAGGUUUCAAAAGACACAGAAGCAAUUGUUUUUCCAUAUGCACUGCACCGAGAUCCAAAGCACUUUCCAGACCCUGAUGACUUCCAGCCCGAGCGAUUCUUGCCCGAGAAUUCUCAUGGACGUCAUCCUUAUGCUUAUGUACCAUUCUCUGCUGGACCCAGAAACUGUAUUGGUCAGAAGUUUGCAAUGAUGGAAGAAAAGACUGUCAUUUCUUGGAUGCUGAGACGGUACUGGGUCGAAUCCAUUCAAAAAAGAGAAGAACUUGGCCUAAUGGGAGAGCUGAUUCUUCGGCCAAGUAAUGGCAUCUGGAUUAAGCUGAAGAAGAGAAAGUAGAAAGGAACCUCAGAUCCAAUCAUCUGUAUUGGCAAUUCAUCAUCUAUCCUGGAAAAAAAAAAGAUUGAGAGUGCUUACAAAAUUCUUGAUGAUAAAUUAUGAACUCUCUGGUAGAAUACACAUUUCAAGGACAGGAUCUGUCUGUUUUCAGUGGCUUCAGAAUUAGAGUUAUUAAAAAGAGAGUAAAUGUAUAUCAAUUAUUACUAUA